AUGACUCUCGUGGUAUUUCGUGGGAUCCUUGAACUUGCGCAGUUAAAUUCCGUUUUCCCACUCUUACAACUUCAACGGACAAGAUCGAAUUUGGCAAAGAAAUCGUCCAACUGCUAUAUUUUGGCUGGUCGAGAAUGUGGCGCUCGAGCAAGAUGGCUGUCAACACCCUGA